AUGGCUAACACGUCUGGUUAUGUAAACCUACUAAAUAGUCAAACUCCAAUUGACCUUGAUUCACCCGAACCUUUUUGGUUCGGUAGCCAAGGUCCUGAUGAGUCUGGUGUCAAGGAGAGGAGGAAAUGGUCUCCCAAAGAGGAUAAAAUCCUUAUUGGUGCUUGGCUUAACACCAGUAAAGACCAUGUGGUCAACAAUGAUCAGAAAGCUGGUGCUUUCUGGAAGAGGAUUGUAGACUACUACAACGCAAGCCCUCACCUGAUUGGGACAAUACCUAGAGAGCUUGGUCAAUGCAAGCAGAGGUGGGCAAGGAUUAACGAGCAAGUCUGCAAGUUUGUUGGAUGCUAUGAUGCGGCUUUGAGGGAGCAGAGAAGUGGUCAAAAUGAUGAUGAUGUGAUGAAAACUGCCAUUGACAUAUUCUACAAUGAUUACGACUCCAUGUUCACCCUGGAUCAUGCCUGGAGGGAGCUGAGGCAUGACCAGAAAUGGUGCUCCACCUAUCUGGCUAAGGACAGUGGGAAGGAAAAGCGCAAACAAGUCCAGUUGGAGGUUGAUAGAGAAGAGGAAGUGGGAGAACCAGAGAAUAGACCUGUCGGGGUCAAGGUUGCUAAAGCUGUUAGUAAGAAGAAGAAAAGUGGUAGAGAAGAGGAGUUGUCAAAGUUACAGGGCGUGUUGGAAGUGAAAGAAAAAAUCUCUAGACAUAAAUUGCUUGAUCGUUUACUCGCGAAAAAAGAGUCACUCUCUGAGAUGGAAACAUCUCUUAAACUCAAACUAAUGUCUGAGAUGUUAUGA